AUCAAAUCCUCAAACCAAUUCCAUUGUUGUUUCUCUCUAAGAAAGGAAAAAUUAGAACUUGAUAGAUUACUAUUGUGGAGUUCUCAUAAGAAGAAUCAUAGUUCGAUUGGAUUUAGUAAAAGAACGUUUUCCAAUAGAUUUGUUGUGAAAAUGUCUGCUUCAACUUUGCCUAUGAAUCUUGGCCAAGCAAAGAAGGUUUGGAUAUGGACUGAGUGCAAAGAGGUCAUGACCGUUGCGGUGGAACGAGGGUGGAACACAUUUAUAUUCUCAUCGGACAAUCGAGAACUAUCCGAUGAGUGGUCAUCGAUUGCGUUGAUGGAUACAUUGUUUAUUGAAGAGAAGAAAGUUAUUGAUGGUACGGGGAAUGUUGUUGCUUCGGUCUUCGAGGUUUCAACACCCGAGGAGCUACGGAAUUUAAAGAUCGAAAAUGAACAGGCGGAAAAUAUUGUUCUUGAUUUCUUAGACUGGAAGUCAAUCCCUGCGGAAAAUCUAGUAGCGGCUCUUCAAGGAAGUGAGAAAACAGUAUUUGCCAUUUCAAAUACUCCCUCGGAAGCAAAACUAUUCCUCGAGGCUUUAGAGCAUGGUCUUGGCGGAAUCAUUCUUAAGUCCGAGGAUGUUAAAGCUGUUCUUGAUCUAAAGGAAUACUUUGACAAGAGAAACGAAGAAAGUGAUACAUUAAGUUUGACGGAAGCUACUAUAACUCGGGUUCAAAUGGUCGGUAUGGGAGACCGAGUUUGUGUUGAUCUUUGUAGCCUCAUGAGACCCGGUGAAGGUCUUCUUGUAUGUUUGCCUGUUGGAUCCUUUGCGAGAGGACUUUUCUUGGUUCACUCAGAAUGCUUGGAGUCUAAUUACAUCGAAAGCAGACCAUUUAGAGUUAACGCUGGGCCGGUGCACGCUUAUGUCGCAGUUCCAGGUGGAAAGACUUGUUACCUCUCGGAGUUAAGGACAGGAAGAGAGGUAAUCGUUGUUGAACAGAAAGGAAAACAGCGGACAGCAGUCGUUGGGAGAGUAAAAAUCGAGAAGCGUCCACAUAUUCUUGUGGAGGUGAAGCUUAGCGCAAAGGAGGAGGAAACGGUUUUUAGCAUCAUCCUGCAGAACGCGGAAACAGUUGCAUUAGUCACUCCUCAUCGAGUAAACUCAUCUGGCAAAACCGCUGUUCCCGUGACCUCUCUGAAACCCGGGGAUCAAGUUUUGAUCAGAUUACAGGGCGGUGCACGCCAUACCGGUAUAGAGAUUCAGGAAUUCAUUGUCGAGAAUUGAUCAAAUACUUUCGGGUAACAUUGAAACAUAUCAAAUAAAAUGUGUCUGUUUAUUUUGUUGAUAGUUAAUAACAUGCAAUAUGCCAGUUUGAAUUUUGGUGGUAAUAAAUGAUUAACCAUUAG